AUGUCCUUCCUUGCCGGGCUCUGCGGGUGCUUCACCCGCAGCGAUGUGUCGCCCGAACACUCGUCGAAGCCCGAGAUGCAGACCACCACGUCUCAAACUCACACUCGAGGUGGUGUUCAAACGGGCAGUUUCAUCCUCACUGACGAGGGCGAAAUCAUCCGCGCAGACGGUCCUCCAGGUGGGAGCCCCGGGCACGGGCCCCCACCCAGUGACUCGGACAUUGGGGGCUAUGCCAGCGUGGUCCCGCUUCCGCAAUACACUCCACGCCCGAUGAGCAUUCACGAGAAGACUCUCGAGGCUCAUUUGCGUGAUCCACCAGUGUCUUCGGACUCCAGUUCUCUUUAUCAAGAUGAGAAACGCCGUCACAUGUACGAUGAAGACGUGACAUCUGACAGCUCGUCGACCAUCUCCUAUCCGAGCAGCUAUGGUAAUACCUCGACUGCGACGAGAGAGACGCCGCCACCUCCAUACUCGCCUCGACAUUCGGUAAUGUUGAGUCGAUCCCGCGCUACCUCCAUUUCUUCUGCGAUGGCUGUUACCAUCAAUCCCCCGCCUAUGGCACGGCUGAAUGGUGCCCGUACGGGACCUCCUCCCUCCGAUGCUGAUGAUCGAUCGAUUCGGCGUCACCGGAGAGCCUCCUGGGAGAGCCGUUAA